AUAAAGUUCAACGGAACUAUCGUAGACAAACCUUCCAUAUAUAGUGGCCCUCCAUCCCCAGAGCUCGACGCCAUUUGGGAUAGGGUAUCUUCUGAUGUGCGCCCACUCCGUAUGACACAUGAGCAACUGCUCAGAACGGGGGAGAAACCUUCUCCUGCCAUGGCUAGGUAUCCGGACGAAUACGGUGGAGGUUACGUAGCAACUGUAGAAGUCAUUCACCAGCUCCAUUGCCUAGACAUACUUCGCAAAGUCAGCUGGGGUAACGAGUACCAUGAGAAUGGGGGCAUGCAUAAAUCCCACGAACUCUCUCGUCGCCAUGUCGACCACUGCAUUGAGAUACUCAGGCAGUUCACUAUGUGUAGUGGUGAUGUUACCCUGAUAACUCAUGAUUGGAUCGAGGGAAGGACAAAUCCGCUCGCUGAUUUCAAUUCUCCUCACGAAUGUAGAAACUUUGAGAAGAUUUUAGAUUGGAUCGACGAGCAUCGUGUGUUUAUCCCUAGAUCCAGUUGGGUCCGCUUGGAGGAUAACGUGGACCUGCCCUAUCCCCCUUGA